CUCGCUUCAAGUCUACUUGCACAAAGCAUUCAAUCUCAUUGGUACCCGCGAAUUACUCCGCUAUCCCCCUGUGUCGGGAUGCGUUUCCCUGGAGCUGGGACGUCGGGGUCAGGAGGAGCACAGAACCACUAGCAGGGUGACUAGGAAUAAACACUACGAAUUACAAAUGGUAUAAAUGUCCUGUGUCCUCCCACCAUGACACCGCGUCCCAGUUUCCAAAAGUCACGCUUCGAUACUCUCACAAACCUCCUCCAACAUGGAAACAUACAGUGCAUACAACGUUGCGGUCAUUCUUUUCGCCGCGUUUGGCUCUCUCUUCGCGGGCUAUGGCCUCUCGGUCAUUGUGUCCACGGUGGGCCAGCCGACAUGGUACUCUUCCCUGGAUCUGGAGCCGACGUCUAGUCAUACAACUGCCAUCAUUGGGGCAGCGAACGGGGUAUUCUUCGCUGGAGGUUUCUUCGGCUGUCUCGUUUCAGCAUACACAGUCGAGAAGUUAGGCCGCCUGAAUGGACUGCGCCUCGCGGCUGUCAUAGGCAUCAUCGGCGCAGCCAUUCAGACAGCGGCUGUCAAUCAAGGAAUGUACUUGGCAGCUCGAGUUAUAACUGGUUUGGCCGUCGGCCAAGUCAUUGUCGCUAUGCCAACAUACUACUCUGAGGUAGCACCCCCUCACUCUCGAGGGUUGAUGGCAGGCGCGCAUGGUUCUUUCAUCAAUGCCGGUUACGCUUCGUCAGCCUGGAUCGGCUUUGCAUGCUUUCACGCCUCUGGAUCCAGCUUCGGCUGGCGCUUCCCCAACGCUGUGCUUGUCAUUUUCGGGAUAUGUGUCCUGGGCGGGACAUUGUUCAUCCCGGAAAGUCCUCGAUGGCUCUGCUCCCGUGGUUUCGACCAGCAAGCAUUGCACAUCCUCUGCAGACUGCAUCGAGACAAGAGUGACCCUGAAGAUCACUUUGCCCAUCGAGAGCUUGGGCUCAUCAAGAAACAGCUCGAGGUAGAUCGUAUCGCACUUCUAGCUGACGGCAAAUGGCAAAUCUUCACCAAGAAGACCUACCGAAAGCGCUUGAUAUUGGCGCUUAUGCUCUUGGCUGGUGGACAAAACGUCGGUGUAUUAGUCAUCAACAACUACAACACUCUGCUAUACCAGUCACUUGGUCUGAGCAACUCGGAAGCAUUGAUCGUAGGCGCCGGCUACAACACGUGGGCUAUGAUUGCGAAUUUUGCUGGCGCUACCGUUUCGGAUCGCCUGGGAAGAAGGAAGGCGCUGCUUGGUGGCUACGUUAUCAAUGUCGCUAUGUUCACAGUCGCUACAGCUCUGAUCGCAAAAUAUUCCGAAACAAAUUCGAAAAGCUAUGCUGCCGCAGCCUUAACGUUCUUGUUUCUCUACGUCACAGCAUAUGGCGGUGCAAUUGACGUCAACCAGUUUACAGUAGCCACUGAAAUCUUCCCGUCGCACCUUCGCUCGAUGGGCACGGGAAUUGCCAUGUCAGGUCUCUUCCUGGCGGAUACCCUGUGGCUGCAGCUCGCUUCGACGGCAAUGGCCACCAUUGGCUGGAAGUACUAUCUCGUCUUUCUUUGCCUGGGCGUUGUGCAUACGAUCUAUCUCUACUUCAAACUCCCAGAGACUACCGGACUCGCCUUGGAAGAGAUUGAUGCCCUGUUCGGCAAGGCUGUGGCAGGACAUAUCCAAGAUGAAGGCUUGGAGAAAGUUGCAGCUACGCACUAUGAUGCAAAGGCAGAAGGACAUCAAGAGCCAGCUACGGAGGUUCUCGCAGAGGAUGCCAAAGCUUGAGCUCUGAAACGAAGGCUCCGGGUUGAUGAUGAGCUCAUGUGGCUAGUCUACACCCCAGUCAGGACAAUUGCAGACCAGGACUCAGAUUCUUGAGAGAUAUGGAUGCAAAGUUGAGAACUUCCGUAGACCUUGUUCGUCCAAUAGUGUGACUCGGUAACCUCACGCGGUGCUGGGCCAACAAUUCAUCCUUGUGAUAUACAUGUCCUGCGGGCAAUCACCACUUCCCCGUGCUGGGGUAUCCUGGAAGCUAAGCUCAGC